AUGGAGGCUAUCGCUGAUCAACCGGAACCCCUGCCAGGUUAUGCCUAUGCAUCCUGUGUGAACAUGGGGCAGCCACAGCUGGGGCAAAAGAUGGUGACGCACAGCUGGCGAAACAAAUUCAGUUUCUUACUCGCUGCCAUCAUUGCUGAUGCCUUGGAUUCGCAGCUCUACGACAGCGUGAUGCAGCUUCUGAAGGAUCAGAAAUUUGAAGAGUUGUGCGAGGCGCUGAAUCGCCGGAUGAAGCUGGAUGUGGCCUAUUGGGUGUGUGCCUUUUCGGUGAAUCAGCACGCCGGGAUUUGCGCGAGCCCCGAUGCCAGGGACUCCACAGGCCACAGCAUUCAGCCCUGCAGCUGCUGCACAGCCAAGCAUUUCCAGGGCGAUCUGAGUGAAACGAACAAAUUCGACCACAUGAUGGCGUUGCUGAAAUUUCGCUUGCGUCAGGAUUUUUCGGAAGUGAGGCUGGAGCAGGUGGUUGCCAUGGAGCCCGACUUCUCGUUACUGACGCGGAUUUGGUGCAUCGCUGAGCUGGUGGAAGCCAAAAAAUUGCACCUGCCACAGGCCAUCAUGAUCCACUCCGCAGCCUCACGAACCGACUGCCUCAAACGCCUCUUUGAGCUCGAUGUGAGGGACGCAAAUGCAUCCUUCCCCGCGGAUAAGGAUGUCGUCGAGACCUUUGCUCUCCGUGGCAGCUUCAUGGCUGAGUUGAGGGAUGACAGGCAGCACUCCUUCUUCAAAGGGUUGGAUGUGGCUGAUCCAGCCAGUGUCCAAGCCCUUGAGUCGAAUCAAGAGUUUCUGAUGGAGAUGAUCUGCGAGUAUUGGGUCUGGGCCACCUGUGAAGAAGAGGAUGCCCAGCGCCGCGUGGAGUCUGUUGGCAUUACCUCGAGAGGAGCUGGAGCUGGCAAGAUUGCUGGGAACUUGGUGUUGGAGCCCCAGAACCGCUGA